AUAGGUGAGUUUUCGACCGUUUCUGAGGCGUGUAGGCAACUUAACUCACACAUUGUCAUACUAAUACAAGAGUAAUUACUCUAAGCACUAAUAUUCGUUAGUCUUAGCAACAAGCUUAUCAACAUUCAUCACACCUUAGUAAACAAUCAACAUUUCUUACCGUCGCACCGGUCGUUUCGUGAGUUUUUAAACGUCUUUUUUUUUUUGGAAAUUUUUUUUUUAUUCUUCGAUUAUCUUCCGAUAUUGUACUCCUCGAGCUGUAACGUUUUUUCAGCAGUUUUGAGUACCCCUCCGAUUUUCGAACAUGGUUGACAGUAAAUAUUAUACGACUAUUUUGUCACAAACGUUUUCUCCCUGCGGAAACUACCUGAUUACCGGCAAUAACUAUGGCAUACUGAUGGUCUACAAUUUAAAAAAUGAACUACAAUCAAUGGACGUCCAAGAUCAGAAUUUAUCAUCUGGCCGGUCUUACGGGUUCGAAAUGAUACGAAAAAUACAAAUAAACAGCAUGGAAUCCGGUGAAAAAUUUUUGAUAAUCGGCGGUGUUGGACUUAUCGUUGGUGUGGAUUGGGAUACAAUAAUAGACAAUAAUUUUGGAGAAAACUCAAAAAUAGAACCACUCAGUAUAAGUUGGAGCAUCAAUAUUCCAUCUCCCAAGGAUUCAAUGUUAUCCAUAGAUGUGAAUUGUUUAAUAUUAAACAGAGAAGAUAAUGUCUUGUAUGCAGGCUGUGGUGAUAAUACAGUUUAUGCCUUUAAUUUAGAAUGUGGCGAUGUCAUACAUAAAUUUGAAGGACACAGUGACUAUAUUCAUUCUAUUGAUAAAUUAGAUGAUACAAUUGCCUCAGCUAGUGAAGAUGGAAGUGUUUUGUUUUGGGAUAUCCGCACUAAAGAAUAUUCAUCAAAAAUCAUUCCCAGUAAUAAUCCAGCGAUUAAACGACCUGAUCUUGGAAAUUGGAUCGGAUCUGUUACUAUCACCAAAGAUUGGAUGUUAUGCGGAGGUGGAUCAAAAUUGUCAUUGUGGAAUCGUUCAAUGGCUGCUCCUAUGACAGUGUAUGAAUGUGUUGAAGAUUCUGGUAUACAUGUUACAAAACUUAUGGAUGAAACAUUAUAUGCUGGUGGCUGCUCAAAAUAUUUCUACCAAUUAUCAUUUACUGAUGAAAUUUUAUGUAAAAUUGAAACUAGUCCAGUAACGGUUUACAGUUGUGUUAAUCAAGAAAAUCCAUUCAAAGUAACAUGCCUUGCUGGUUCAAGUCAUAAAAUAGAUAUCUGUACUAAUCUGAAUUAUAAAAUGACUACACUUGGAGUCUAAAUUAAAAUGUAUUUUUUUUAACUAUUUGUGCACUAUUGAUUUUGUAGCUAAUAUAUGUGUAUAAAUAGUAUUAUGUAUGUGUAAUAAUUAUAAUAUUAA